AUGACUUCUGUAUCGGCAACCAACCGUAUCUCCCGCCUAUAUGAUGAUAAACCAGCAUUUAUAUAUGGCACUGCCUGGAAGAAAGAUCAAACAAAGCGGCUGGUAAAAGAAGCGUUAACUGUUGGGUUCCGGCGUGUCGACACUGCUGCACAACCACGUCAUUAUCAAGAGGCCUUGGUCGGAGAAGCACUUCGCGAAGCAUUUACCAAAGGUCUGUUGAAGCGAGAAGAGCUCUACUUGCAAACAAAAUAUACUACCCCUGCCGGACAAGACCUGAACAACAUGCCCUAUGACCCCAACACACCCUUGGACUCUCAAAUCCACACUUCCGUUGCAUCAUCGCUCAAGAACCUGCGCCAUGUAGCUGAAUCUCCAGACGACUCCUACGUCGACUGUUUGCUUCUACACUCACCCCUACCAACCAUCGAACAGACAAUCCAAGCCUGGAAGCUGCUGGAGACAUACGUCCCCCAUCGUAUCCGCUCCCUAGGCAUCUCAAACGUAACCCUUCCUGUCCUCCAAGCUCUCUACCAAAACGCCACUGUCAAACCUGCAGCUGUGCAGAAUCGAUUUUACCCCCAGACGCGCUACGAUGUGCCUUUACGCAACUUUUGUAAAGAACACGACAUCGUAUAUCAGUCUUUCUGGACGCUGACGGGUAACCCUGCGCUUUUGCAGUCACAACCUGUUGCAGCACUGGCACGAGCGGCACAGGUUGAGAUACCGGUUGCACUCUAUACGCUAGUGAUUGAUCAGGGUGUUGUGGUGUUGAAUGGGAGUACGUCGAGGGAGCAUAUGGAGAUGGAUUUGGAGGGGGUUCAGAAGGUUCGUGGAUGGGCUGUGGAGAAGCCACAGGAGUUUGCUGCUAUUGCUGAGGAUUUCAAGGCAAUAGUGGGGUGA